AUGAUUUGGGGUAAUGGUAAUGAUGAUCCARAAAAGACACAACACCUACUUGCUCUUGAUGGAGCUGUGGAAAGACUAUCUCUGUUUGAAGCUAACCUGACUGAAGAAGGAUCUUUUGAGUCUGCAGUUAAUGGCUGUGAAUGCCUCUUUCAUACAGCAUCUCCUGUUAUAUUUGCAGUUGAUGACCCACAGUCACCUGAAGAUUUGAUUGAUGUUUAUGCUUUUAUUGUGAUUAUAUUUAUGGUGGCACAAUUGCUAGAUCCUGCAGUGAAGGGAACACUUGAUGUUCUUAACUCAGCUGCAAAAGUUCCAUCUCUCAAGAAAGUGAUCUUGACAUCUUCCAUGGCUGCAGUUGUGUUUGGUGGAAGACUUCUGGAGGCUGGUGUUGUGGUGGAUGAAACCUGGUUUUCAGAUCCAGUAAUUUGCAAGCAAAAUAAGUCAUGGUAUUCUCUUUCGAAGACCCUGGCUGAAGAUGUGGCGACCAAAUUCUCAAAAGAUAACGGUUUGGACUUGGUGGUAAUCAACCCUUGCUACGUGAUCGGUCCUUUCUUACAGCCAACUAUCAACCUCACGUCCGAGGGCAUCAUGAGCUUGAUAAAGUCCGGAAAGGAAUUAUACCCAGAUCCAGAUGGAAUUUACAGACUUGUUGAUGUUAGAGAUGUUGCUAAUGCACAUAUAUUAGCAUUCGAGAACCCAGAAGCUAACGGUAGAUACUGCAUGGUUGGGGCUGUGACUCGCUAUUCAGAGAUCAUGAAGAUCUUGGACAAAUUCUACCCUGCUCUUGGCCAUUCCAAAAGGUACGAAGAGGGCAAGUGUGUUGUGGCAGUGCCUUACGAUGUCUCGAGGGCAAAAGCGGAAAGUCUAGGCGUCGAGUUUACUCCGGUUGAGUGUGCUGCAGAUGAUCCARAAAAGACACAACACCUACUUGCUCUUGAUGGAGCUGUGGAAAGACUAUCUCUGUUUGAAGCUAACCUGACUGAAGAAGGAUCUUUUGAGUCUGCAGUUAAUGGCUGUGAAUGCCUCUUUCAUACAGCAUCUCCUGUUUUAUUUGCAGUUGAUGACCCACAGGCACAAUUGCUAGAUCCUGCAGUGAAGGGAACACUUAAUGUUCUUAACUCAGCUGCAAAAGUUCCAUCUCUCAAGAAAGUGAUCUUGACAUCUUCCAUAUCUGCAGUUGUGUUUGGUGCUAAACUUCUGGAGGGUGGUGUUGUGGUGGAUGAAACCUGGUUUUCAGAUCCAGUAAUGUGCAAGCAAAAUAAGUCAUGGUAUUCUCUUUCGAAGAUCCUGGCUGAAGAUGUCGCGACCAAAUUCUCAAAAGAUAACGGUUUGGAGUUGGUGGUAAUCAACCCUGGCUACGUGAUCGGUCCUUUCUUACAGCCAACUAUCAACCAUACUUCCAAGGGCAUCAUAAGCUUGAUAAAGUCCGGAACGGAAUUAUACCCAGAUCCAGAUGGAAUUUACAUUCUUGUUGAUGUGAGAGAUGUUGCUAACGCACAUAUAUUAGCAUUCGAGAACCCAGAAGCUAACGGUAGAUACUGCAUGGUUGGGGCUGUGACUCACUAUUCGGAGAUGAUGAAGAUCUUGGACAAAUUCUACCCUGCUCUUGGCCAUUCCAAAAGGUACGAAGAGGGGAAGUGUGUCGUGGCAAUGCCUUAUGAUGUCUCGAGGGCAAAAGCGGAAGGUCUAGGCGUCGAUUUUACGCCGCUUGAGGUAAGCAUUAAGGACACUGUUGAAAGCCUGAAGGAGAAGAAGUUACUGAGCUUCUAAAACAUCAGGUGAUGUUCAUAUGUUUGCUUGAAAUAAAUGAUUGAAGUCUUUAUAUGUAAUUGGACAAGGGCAACCUGCAACUGAGAACUUCUUGUCUAUUUUACUGAGAACUUGUUGCUUACUAAUAAAAUUUAACACUAUUAUUUA